AUGCCCUUACAAUACAGCGCUGCCAAAACAUCCAGUGUUUCUAAAAGCCGACUGCCUUCCAAGUCUCCUGUAAAAAAGUUUCAAAGAGAUGCUAAGAAGUUAUUGCCAUCGCAGAGAGUUUACAAAAACAACCUCCAGAAACUAAUGGCGUCGAAGACGCCAUCAUCACCUGCAAAACCCGAUAGGGAGAAGUUAGAGGUACAGGACUACAACGUUCAGCUAGAUUAUCAGUUAUCGUCGAAAGAUGAUGUUGUAGUAGCUGUUGAUACCAUUCUCUCAAAUCGAUGGUCCGAAUCGACCGAGUUGCACGAUCGUUACAAAACACGAGAUUUAUUAGGGAACGAAGAAGAGAAAGUAUUCCAAAUUAAAGGGUUGUCGUCCACUUUAAAAGCAGAAUUGAUCAGAUAUAGACAUUCCCUACCGCAGGGGUUAGUCGCAAUCACGCAGUUGUAUGCAAUUUUCCACAAUGAGGGUCCAACUUUUGUUGACAAGUCUUUGGAGUUAAACAUACGAAAGGGUAUCUUACGUAAGUUUAUCAUCACCAAUGCAUCACCGGUGAUACUGAGAUCACAUAACAAAUUUCAAGUGAACAAAGUUACUUAUGGGUUUGAAGAUAUUGAAGUGAUUGCCAAGGUUGAUUAUUUCCAUAAACUAAUAAAGAAGGUAAUGUCUGGCUUGGAUGACAAGAGUUCCUCGAAGCAAGCUCUUGUCAAAUUUAAUGAACUUAUAAGUUUGCAUCCCACUGAAAUGUUUAUUUCUACUUUGGACUUUACCAACGAAGAAGUCUCAAACUUGGUUCAAUUAGGAUUCAUCACUUUAACUUCUAAUCAUUUCAAUGAAAUCGAGCACAAAUAUUCUAUAUCAUACCCGGGAUGCGGAACAUAUCUUAAGUUGGUCAAUGAGGGACGUACCUGGUUAGUGAAAUCAUUGAACAGGAACAAGCACAAAGAGGCACUCGAGGAGGAACUUUUCCGAAAAUGGCUGGGUAUGAAUCCCGAAGGUGAUCCCAAACUCAACAAUUUUCGAAAGCCAUUUUAUGGCUAUGACUUACAUUGGGUUCUAGCGGAUGGACUAGGUAGUGGAAUAGUCGAGGUUUUCAAUACGCCCGUUGGUCGCGGAUGGAGACUUACAGGGAAGGUAUAG